GCGGAGUAUGAGGCGCCCACCAUGGUGCGAUGCGACCGCGGGCUGCAGAUGCUGCUGACCACGGCUGGAGCCUUCGCCGCCUUCUCGCUCAUGGCCAUCGCCAUCGGCACCGACUACUGGCUCUACUCCAGCGCGCACAUCUGCAACGGCACCAACCUGACCAUGGACGACGGGCCCCCGCCCCGCCGCGCCCGCGGCGACCUCACCCACUCGGGGCUGUGGCGGGUGUGCUGCAUCGAAGGGAUCUACAAAGGGCACUGCUUCCGGAUCAAUCACUUCCCAGAGGACAAUGAUUAUGAUCACGACAGCUCAGAGUAUCUCCUUCGCAUCGUGCGUGCCUCCAGCGUCUUCCCGAUCCUCAGCACCAUCCUUCUGCUGCUUGGAGGCCUGUGCAUCGGCGCGGGGAGGAUCUACAGCCGCAAGAACAACAUCGUCCUCAGCGCCGGCAUCCUCUUCGUGGCCGCGGGUCUCAGCAACAUCAUAGGCAUUAUCGUCUACAUUUCCAGCAACACGGGGGACCCGAGUGACAAGCGAGAUGAAGACAAGAAGAAUCAUUACAACUACGGCUGGUCUUUUUACUUCGGAGCCCUGUCGUUUAUUGUGGCAGAGACCGUGGGUGUCUUGGCCGUAAACAUUUACAUUGAGAAAAACAAAGAGUUGAGGUUUAAAACCAAACGGGAGUUCCUGAAGGCCUCCUCCUCCUCACCCUACGCCAGGAUGCCGAGCUACAGGUACCGCCGACGGCGCUCCCGGUCCAGCUCUAGGUCCACUGAGGCCUCACCCUCCAGGGACGCAUCUCCUGUGGGCCUGAAGAUCACCGGGGCCAUCCCCAUGGGCGAGCUGUCCAUGUACACUCUGUCCCGGGAGCCCCUCAAGGUCACCACGGCCGCCAGCUACAGCCCUGAUCAAGAGGCCGGCUUCCUGCAGGUGCACGAUUUCUUCCAGCAAGAUCUGAAGGAGGGAUUUCCCGUGAGCAUGCUGAACCGCAGGACCACCCCCGUGUGA